UAAAGUGAAUCAAUACAAACUGAGAGACAGAAAGGCGUGAAAGUGCGGCUGAGUGUCUCUCACGUCCUUCAGGAAGCGGCUCGUUGGUUGCAACAGAAACUCCGAGGAUCUGAAUAAUGGCGGCGCAGACGGCAGAGUCCGACCAGAUUAAACAGUUUAAGGAGUUUUUGGGGACGUACAACAAGGUGACGGAGAACUGCUUCAUGGACUGCGUCAGAGACUUCACGACCAGGGAGGUGAAGCCAGAGGAGUCCAGCUGCUCAGAGUCCUGCCUGCAGAAGUACCUGAAGAUGACUCAAAGGAUCUCCAUGCGCUUCCAGGAGUAUCACAUCCAGCAGAACGAGGCCCUCGCUGCUAAAGCUGGGCUGAUGCCAGGAACCAGAAUCUGAGCCACUUCCUGUCCCAGGGCAUCAUGGGAGAUGUAGUGUUAUCUUGUAUUCUUUAAUUUUGGUAUUUGUUGAAAUAUUUUGUAUUAAAUAUUAUGAACCCGUUUUCUUUGUGUCUGGAAAUAAAGACUAAUAUGUUGUAAACUGAAAA